CCUUCCUGCAUCCCUCCCUCUGCCAUCCCUCCCUCCUGCAUCCCUCCCUCCAUCCCUCCCUCUGCCUGCGAGGAGCUGCAGACAUGGCUCUUAGCAAUUUCCUCUUUGCUCAGUGCAUCUGCUACUUCCUGGCCUUCCUCUUCAGCUUCAUCGUGGUGGUGCCGCUGUCUGAGAAUGGCAACGACUUCCAUGGCCGAUGCCUGCUCUUCACCGAGGGCAUGUGGCUCAAUGCCAACCUCACCGUGGAGCGGCAGCGCUUCACUGUGCAGGAGUGGGGGCCUGAGGCUGCCUGCCGCUUCAGCAUCUUCACCGGGCUCCUCUCUCUGCUGCUGGCUACAGUGCAGGCCUGGCGGACCCUCUUCUUCCUCUGCAAAGGGCAUGAGGACUCUUUCUUUUAUGCCUUCCUGAAUCUGCUGAUCAGCGCCUUUGUGGUGUUUAUCACAUUUAUUGCUAGCACUAUAGUGAGCGUAGGAUUUAACAUGUGGUGUGAUGCAAUUACUGAAAAAGGAAGCAUGCCAAAUAGCUGUGAAGAAUUACAGGAUAUAGAUCUUGAACUGAACUUAGAAAACUCUGCUUUCUACGACCAGUUUGCUAUUGCACAGUUUGGUCUGUGGGCUGCCUGGCUGACUUGGCUGGGAAUCACCAUUCUGGCUUUCCUGAAAGUGUAUCACAACUACAGACAAGAGGACCUGCUAGAUAGCCUGAUCCAUGAGAAGGAGUUGUUGUUAGGAAGAUCCUCUUCACGAACCUGUUUGCAAGAUGAGAAAAGUGCCAUGAUCUAAAGUGUAAGCAAAUUUCCAGGGCAGGAUCUAGAAUUUAUUAUUCAGUAGUGCAAGAUGAUGUUGAGUCAGAGUAUUGAGUGUGUGAGAUCUUUUCUUUUCUGAAAAAAGAUAUACUUGUCAAUCACUCACUUCCUCACUGAAAAAUUCUUGGCAGAAGUAUUUAUGUUAGGAUAUAAAGAACAAACUGUCACGUGUGCCUUUGGCACAGCAAAAUUUCUGUCCUGCACAGACAUGGAGAAGCACAGCCUGUAAUCUGCUGUUGCUAGCAGUGCUCCUGUAUGCUAUUGCUGCCUUUUGGGACACUGUCCAUUUUUGAGGACCAUGCUGGCAAGAGCAGGCUACAGAGUCUAGGCUAUUCCUCCAAACUAUUCUGCAACAACAACUAUAACUGGAGCUGUGACAAGGCCCUUUUCUCUCUAUCUCUUCCCCUUUGACAAUAAAUCUUCCCCAUUCUCACUUUGUUCUGAGCGAUUGCAGCUCUGGUCCAGGUACAGGCUCUUGCUGUCUCUGUUUUUGCUAUGUGUGGACACCGUGCUGUUGCUCCUACUCUGAUUUUGAGUUUGUUUAGAACAUAAGACCUAUGUUCCAGAUGAUAUUUAUUAUUAGAUGGUGUUAAUGAAUUUCAUGAGACCACAAUAUUAUUACUGUCUGUUAAAAGCUGUGUGUCAUUUCAAGGGAUGAUGGUGGUGAUGGGUCUGUGGCUGGACUUAGUGAUCUUAGAUGGUUUUUCCAACCUUAAUGAUUUUCAGAAUAUGUUUUUGUUUCUUCUUAGAUUUUGGCAUGACCAUCAUGUAUUAUGGCUUCUUGAAGCGUAGUUUAGCUAGUAAUUCCUGAAGCUUGCAUACUAAGAAAUUAAGCUGAGUUCAUAGGAUUAAUGCUUGUGCAUUUGUAAAUGUAAUUUGGUCCCUAAUAUCGUAUGCUAUUCAGUUCUGAGUAUUAGAGUUUACUCGUGAUAUUUAUUUCAUAUAGAGUACGCAAAAUUAUUGUAAGCAUUUGCAUUGUAGGUAUCUCUAUGUAUCUAUCAACAUAGCAAGGAGCAUGAACAGCUGAGUUAUUCCAUAGGUAGCUCUGUGCUGAAUGGGUCCGUUCCCCACUCCCAGGUAGGAGUUACAGGGCUGACAAAUUUUGCUGUGAUAAGGGAGAAGUGUUACUUUCACAAAGCUCACUAGUGAUCCUGUUGUUGCUUUCAGUUUUGUUUGGCCAGCACUUUAAUGAAUGAGGUGGAUGAAAAGUAGGUCCAAUAAUUAAGCAGAAUGACUCAGAUGAAUGUGAGAUUUGCAUGGCAGAGAAAUAAAGUUGUGCUGGAAUUAGGCAGUUAUCCACAUGUGCACAAUGCAGAGAAGACUCAUUCAGCAGAAAACUUCAGCAAGAAGUUAUAUUUCUAAGAGUAUCCUGACACUGCCUGUGGCAGCUGAGCUUGAGUUGACAGUGAAUUUAUUGCAACACAGGUGCAGAUCGUGUCCAUCUAUACUGCCUGGUAAAUAGGCCCAGGGAGAAGACAACAGGCUGCUACCAUUUACUGUGGUCUUCUGGGACUGUAUGGUACUUAAAGUUAAGUACCUGUUUAAGUGGCUGAAACAGAAUUUCAUAACAAAGUCAUAACAAAUCCUGUUAUUUGUAAGGAUUUUAGGGCAUAAAAUCUAACAGUAUGUUUAACAACCAAAUUGUUCUCAUAGGUUUAGAGAAAAAAGCAAACAGCCACAUGGUGUGAAGCAGUGAUCUGGCCCUGUGAAUGUCACUUGUAUACCUAGCUGGCCACAGCCGUCUGUAGUGAAAUCUUGUUUUUCAGUGUGAUUUUUCUACUCCCAAGAGAAUGUAAUUCCUUUAAAGCUUUACAGAAGUAAAAAAAG